AUGGAGGGUGUCACAGAGGGAGUGAAUAACUUGCAAAUCACGGACUCAUCAUACAACAACAAGAAGAAUCGCAUCCAAGUCUCAAAUACCAAAAAGCCCCUCUUCUUCUAUGUCAAUCUUGCCAAGAGGUACAUGGAGCAGAACAAUGAGGUGGAGCUCUCUGCCCUUGGAAUGGCUAUUGCUACUGUUGUUACCAUUGCUGAGAUUCUGAAGAACAAUGGAUUGGCUUUCGAGAAGAAGAUCACGACUUCUACAAUUGACAUGAGGGAGGAUGCAGGGGGGCGGCCAAUUCAAAAGGCAAAGAUUGAAAUACUGCUCGGAAAGUCUGAGAAGUUUGACGAGAUAAUGGCUGCUGAUGCUGCUGCUGCUGCUGUUGCUGCAGAGGAAGCCCUUGAGUAUGAGCAGAGUUGA